GCAACUACGAUCGUAAUCAGACACCAGUUCAUCGGAGCCGAAGUCCGAACUCCCACGUAAACCAUACUUGUGUUUUUUUUAUAUUCCAAUUCUUUCUCAGCUCCAAUCCCAAACACAACACUCUGUUUCUCUAGCCUCUAAUGGCCACACUCAACAUAAACGCAGCUCAAAACCUCACAACCUCAUUCAACACUACUCAAUCACACAAACUCACGUCUGUUCCCUUCUUCUUGUCUGCCCGGAGUUUCCGUAAACCCGGCCCGUUAAAGAAAUGGGUCGUCUCGGCCCGGAAAAAACGAAGCUUUAGUGUUGAGUCGGUGAUGGAGGACAGAGAGGUGGUUGCUGAGCAGGAGAGCCGGGUGUUGAUUAAUGGGUCUGAAGAAAUUGUGGGCCUUCAGUCUGAGUCGUCUGGUUCUGGAGGAAAUGGAGAUGGGGAUGAUAUGGAGAAGUUGACUAGUAGAGCUCUUAAUGCUUUGAUUGUUCUUGGGUUUGGAACGUUUGCUGUGUCUAAGUUGCUCACGAUUGACCAUGACUAUUGGCAUGGAUGGACCCUUUACGAAAUUUUGAAGUAUGUACCUGAACACAAUUGGAUUGCCUAUGAACAAGCUCUCCAAGCAAAUCCUGUUUUAGCCAAAAUGGUGAUAAGUGGGGUUGUAUAUACUUUAGGAGAUUGGAUUGCCCAAUGUUAUGAAGGCAAGGCAAUUUUGGAAUUUGAUAGAACACGCAUGUUCAGAUCAGGGUUUGUAGGCUUUUCCCUCCAUGGAUCCCUUUCUCAUUACUAUUACCAAUUUUGUGAGGCUCUCUUUCCUUUGGAAGAUUGGUGGGUGGUUCCGGCCAAAAUAGCCUUUGACCAAACAGUGUGGGCGGCUAUAUGGAACAGCAUCUAUUUUGUAGUUCUGGGGCUCUUGCGCUUUGAGUCCCCAAUCAAGAUUUUUGAUGAACUGAAGGGUACAUUUAUUCCCAUGCUGACUGCAGGAUGGAAACUUUGGCCAUUUGCCCAUCUAGUUACCUAUGGCCUGAUUCCUCUUGAACAAAGGCUUCUUUGGGUGGACUGUGUGGAGCUUAUAUGGGUUACUAUUCUCUCAACAUAUUCAAAUGAGAAGUCUGAGGCCACUAUAUCAGAGGUAUCGUCUGGAGCAGAUUCCACUUCUUCGUCAAGCAGUUCACCUAAGGAAUAAUGUUAUAUGUUACUGAGAAGAAGUUUUCUACAGUAAUAUCCACUCAUAUAGUCUCUGGGGCCAGACAUGAGACAUUAGAUGCUGGAAAGGGCAAAGCCCAGAUAUGCAGGUUGCCAGAGACCUGCAUCUGGUGGGAGCAGCAUGAACUAUAUAGCUUCAUUGAGAAGCCAGGACUCAUCAGUUUUGGUAACUAACGUGUAUAUAUACAAGAUGCAAAUAGCUUUUGUCCAUCAUAUAUGUUGUAUCUCUGCUUCAAAGAAUCAGCUCUUCCCGGUGGUCAUAUGUAGAAUUUAAUCGAGUGGCUGCAGAAUUUGACAGGUCUGCUGCAACUCAUGUUAUAGCAUGUAUAGUUUGUAUUA